CUUCCCAGGAGCAACACGCCCUGCAGACAUCACUCUCUUUGCGUUUUCAGCACCGACAAGCACCAGCGACAGUGGCAUAGCAAAAACCAACUUCGACCGCACUCACAGGCUGGCAUGGACAAUGCCUUGUUUCCGGACUCACUGAUGCUUCGGCGGAUCAUCAACCGCCAUACUAAAGACGCGCUCAUCGACACGGCUCUGCGCUGGAUCAACCUAUAUCCCAUCACUCGGAUCGGUGGAGAGCAUUCAGACGAGGACGACAACGACAAUGAAGAUGAAUACACUGGCCCAUUGCUUGACAGCGAAGACAGGAAAGCCUGUGUAUGGAGUAUGUCCCUCGAUGAAUACAAAAGACACGUCGCGACGCGGUAUGAAAACAUGCGGGAUAGCAGCACUAAGAAGACAAUUGUCGACAGGAUAUUGGGCGCCGAUUGGAACACAGGGCUGAGUUCGCGACAGAUCGCAGACUUGGAUCUAGCAUACUACUCUCAGCAUGCAAGCCUCAAGAACUGGAAAGCUCUCAAGCUAGACUAUGGAAAUCAAAGCGCAUCCAUCAAAGCUCAUGUUGAUCCGGCAAAGAUCGAACGAGCUUUCUCGCAUUACUUAGGCCCCUACUUCAAGCACCAUGUACAGAUUAUGCAGGAGAAAGAGAUGGUGUGGAUCAGGAUAAGCAUUCAUGACGGGCUGGCUCCCAAUGGGCUUCCUGCACCAACAACCAUCGUCUACUUUAUCUGGUUCAUCAACUCAGAAUAUCUCUUAGGCGUGACAAUCAAGGUAGAGUGGAGGGAAUUCAUCAUGGAGGCAUUACUGCGUCUAUUCAAGGCAAGCGAAAUUGACGAGUGGCCAUUAACGGGAAAGUCACCAACUUCAUUGGCAGAGCUAUUGCUUUAUAAGGAUUCGCAGGGACCGCAUAGUCGAUAUAGACUGAACCAAGUCGACGAGAAUCCGCUUUCAGGCAGCAUUAAGAAGCGGAAACUUGAAGAUCCGUUCGACAAAUAUACAAAGGGUCGGCGGGACAUUCGAGCUGAGGACAUGGACAAGAUCGCUACCAGAGAUCGGUUUGUUGCAGCAGACUUUGGACCCAACGCGCAGCCUAGUCUUCAGAGGGUCGACAUCCAGCUCAACGUGCCAUACACAACGGAAGCCAAGAACUUCAGCUUAGGUCGAAUGACGAGGCAGCCUUUCCCGAUUAAGGUGAUCAUUGAGGGCUCGAAUGUGAUUGAGGGGAUCAAAAGUCUGAUACCCCUUGGUGUGGCCAAGAACCCGAUGCCAAAGUUCCUGACAGAGCUGCACUCAAUGGCUACAAACACCAUCAUAGUUGAUCUAGACGAGGAGAAUGACAACAAGCAAUGUAUUACAACUGGCUGAAUGAAUAAAGACAGCAGAC